AGCGCGCAGUGAUGACGUCGGCAGCGCCGAGACAGGGAAGGAGGGAGGGAGCGCUGCCGCUCCUGUGCAGAGAUGGACCUGCGGCUGGCCCAGCUGGUGGAGGAGCUGACCACGGCGGGGGAGCCGCAGCUGGAGCCGGGCAGGAUGAGGGAGCUGAAGAAAAUCUGCAGGUCGUCGGAGGAGCACCUGAGCCACGCGUACCACCUGCUGCUGACCAGGCUCCACGAGGAGCACGCCGAGAUGCGCUUCUCCGCCUUCCAGAUCGUGCAGGAGCUCUUCUCCCGUUCGCACCGCUUCCGCACGCUGCUCGUUUCCAACUUCCAGGAGUUCUUGGAGCUCACGGUGGGGACGGACCACGAGCAGCCGCUUCCCCCGCCCCGAGAGGUGGCCCAGAAGCUGAGGAAAGCGGCCAUCGCGGCUGUGCUGGGCUGGCACGAGAAGUACGGCGAGGCCUACAAGAAGCUGUCGCUGGGAUACCACUAUUUAAAGCAGAACAAGAAGGUGGAUUUUCAGGACGUGCAUGCAAGAACAGUGGCUGAAAGAAAGAGGGAAGAAGAGAGGCAAAAACGAUUGGAUAACGUUUACAAAGAAAAAGCCAAAAGAGCUGAAAAAGAAAUGGCAGAACUGUCCCAAGAGGUUGCUGAGACACUGACAGAGAUGGAGAACUGUUUCCGGCUUCUAUUGCCAGAUCCUUUUGACUUCGCUGUGAACAACACAGGACUGGAACCCAAUGAACAAACGAGUGCUGACAAGGAUGGAUCUGCAUCCUCCUUGUCCUCUUAUGUGGGAUGUGUGGAUGAUGAACAGCCAUGCUGUAGCAAGGACAUUCUUCCUGUUUCUCAGAGCGUUAGAACGGAUCAAAAGGAAGAGUUAGGUGACAAACAGAAGAAGCCUGAGCAAAAUAUGUUAGAUGGAGACACGUGCUCUGAAGUUGAAUCUGGUGUUCCUGUUGGUGAUGAUGAUUAUGAAACUUUUGUCAGGAAUCAUGGACUUAUUUCUCAUAAAUAUACUCUAGACCUUGAACUCUCCACAGAUAUCAAAGUGCACGAGAAUGAAGACAAUACUGCUGUACUAAACAGUGUUGUGGAUGCUCACAAACUCGUCACAAAUAAGUUCUUGCCUUCCGUGCAGUCCUGGAUUCAGUUAUUUACCCGAGCAGGAAUAAACGACGAUCGGUUGAGAUGUGCCAUUGAUCUUAAGAAUAAACUGGAGGCUGCUCUGAGGAAAUACAAGGAAAUGAACAUUACUUUUAAAGAGAGAAAAAGAAAAGUGAUGAAAGCUUCAGAUGAAGAUGAUGAUGAUGAUGAUGAUGAAGAUGACUUUGUGGAGGUCCCUGAGAAGGAAGGUUAUGAGCCCCACAUUCCAGACCACCUGCGUAAGGAAUAUGGCCUCGAGCCUCAGUCACCCCCAAAAGCACCAGCAAGGAAGGCCCCUGCAGGACCAGCUCCGUUCAGCUCCCGUGCCCGGCUGAAAGGGAAUGAAGAUGAGCUUGAUCCAACUUGUGCAGCUGCAACAUUGAAGCUUAUCAGAGACAAACUACAAAAGUUAACACCUCCACAGGACAGUGAGUCUGCAACUACUGAGCCAGCAGCUUUGGAAGAGCCUGACAGUAAGAGAAGAAAACUAGAAGAGGAAAGAGCUAAAGCUCCCCUCAUGCCUUUUGGGUUAGAUCUUCACUACUGGGGACAGGAUCAGCCAAGUGCUGGGAAGAUUCUCAAAUUUACUUCCGAGCAUCGAUUUUGGGCACCCAGUGAAGUAGAGGAAGAGGUAGAAAAUAAAGAAAUAACUGAAAUGUUAAAAACCAGAUAUAUAACAUUUGCUGGCAAGUUUGAACCAGUGAAGCAUAAAUGUCGAGCACCAAUGCCUGAUGGAAGUCUGUGUGAAAGACAAGAUCGGAUUAAGUGCCCUUUCCAUGGAAAGAUAAUUCCUCGGGAUGAGUGUGGGGUUCCUAUCAAUGCAGAGGACAGAGCCAGAGAAGAAAAGAUGCGCUUUGAGAAGCAAGCAAAUCAGCCAGUGUCAGCGCAGUGUUGUUAGAGGCUUCUCACCUCUGGCCCACAAGGAUGUAUAUGUUAGUCCCAAAACACUGUUGACAUUGCGAUGCUGCAUUAUUGAGUGCCAUUGUUAAGCUGAGAUGUCACACAAAGGUCCGUCCUGUCUGUCUGGGGAGAUACUGGGCAAGCUAAAGUGCUUAAUUUAUUGGACAAAACCUUAAAGGUUUCUAAAGCUUUUAUAUACCAAAAUCACUAAAUAC